GGGGAAAACACAGACAACAUGGCAGACCUCGUGGAGUCAGUGUUGCGAGAUGCAGCUGAGAAACAGGCGAAAUUUAAGACUACGGAGGUCGAAAAGGACAUAGAAGUUGAAAUUGACGAGGGGAAUUUGUUAGCCGUUGACACCAACCCACUGACUCUAAAAGAGCUGAAUUCUCAAAGAGGUGAAUAUUUGCGGAAUUUGGUCAGGGAUAAUACACAGUUGCUGAUAAAUAAACUUUGGCAGCUCCCUGUGGAAAGACAGGAUGAUGUAGUUAUUGCAAAGCUACCAGACCCCACAACAGUUAUACCAAGAGAAAAACCGAUACCAAAAGACAAACCUCAAACAAGAUGGGAGAAAUAUGCAAAAUUAAAAGGUAUACAGAAUCGAAAGAAAAGUCGGAUGGCGUGGGAUGAGCAGAAGAAGGAAUAUCGACCUCGUUGGGGUUAUAAGAGAGCUGGCGAUGACACAAAGGACUGGGUGAUAGAAGUGCCAGAAAAUGCAGACCCUUAUGAGGAUCAGUUUGAAAAGAGGAUGAAAAGCAAGAAAGAGAGAGUGGCCAAGAAUGAACUAAACAGACUCAGAAAUAUAGCCAGGGCACAGAAGACAAAGGUACCUGGGGUGGGGCUAACCCCUACUGACACGCCCACCAAGGACCAUGUAGGGAAAGCCCUGGCGGUGGCUAAGCGCUCCACGGCCUCGAUUGGUCGGUUCACAGAAUCCUUACCUAAGGAGAAGCCAUCCAGGUUUACAGGCAAAAAACGACAGUUUGAGCCAAAUUAUGGGAACAUCAAAUCAGAGAAAUUGAAACAGUUGAACAUUCUGAACUUAAUCCUGAACAAGCAGCCAAAACUGGAUGUUACGAAGGCUGUUAAUAGUCAGAUGUUGGAGGAGGAGACAAGCAGGUCACAAGCGCCAAGGAAAGAGAAGCAAAAAGCUGGUGGGAAAAGAGGUUUCAAAGGGGGUAGAGGAAAGUUUUCAUCAGGGCGAGGAGGGAAGGGGGGACAUAAAGGGAAGAGAGGAAGGGGAAAGUAAUGUGCAAA